CAGUCAUUGCGUUUACUCUGCGCCGGAAGAAGAACCUGCGAAGGCUGUCGGAAUUAUGGCGGCGGGGGAUAUUCGAGAUAAUCUCUUGGGAAUCUCUUGGGUUGACAGCUCUUGGAUCCCCAUUUUGAACAGUGGUAGUGUACUGGAUUACUUUUCAGAAAGAAGUAAUCCUUUUUAUGACAGGACAUGUAAUAAUGAAGUGGUCAAAAUGCAGAGGUUAACAUUGGAACACUUGAAUCAGAUGGUCGGAGUCGAAUAUAUCCUUUUACAUGCUCAAGAGCCCAUUCUUUUUAUCAUUCGGAAGCAACAGCGGCAUUCCCCUGCCCAAGUUAUCCCAUUGGCUGAUUACUAUAUCAUUGCUGGAGUGAUCUAUCAGGCACCAGACUUGGGAUCAGUUAUAAACUCCAGAGUGCUUACUGCAGUGCAUGGCAUUCAGUCGGCUUUUGAUGAAGCUAUGUCAUACUGUCGAUAUCAUCCUUCCAAAGGGUAUUGGUGGCACUUCAAAGAUCAUGAAGAGCAAGAUAAAGUCAAGCCUAAAGCCAAAAGGAAAGAAGAACCAAGCUCUAUUUUUCAGCGACAACGUGUGGAUGCUUUACUUGUAGACCUUAGACAAAAAUUUCCACCCAAAUUUGUACAGCAAAAGACUGGAGAAAAGCCUGUCCCAGUGGAUCAGACAAAGAAGGAGGCAGAACCUGUACCAGAAACUGUAAAAUCUGAAGAGAAGGAGACCACAAAGACUGCCCAACAGACAGUGACCACUAAAGGCCCACCUGAGAAACGGAUGAGACUUCAGUGAAUAUUGGACAAAAAAGAAUCUUGCAAGACUCCUCUUGUAAAUUAUAUCUCACUACUGCAGCACGCUUUUGAGCUUUGAAAUACUUUGUCACAACCCUCUCAUUUACAUGGAAUAUGCUUUUCCUUUAAAAAAGGAUGUUAUUUCCAUCAUGCUUUCUUUGUGAGUAUUUUUUAUGUAUCUUUUAUAACUUUCCUCUACUGGAUGUGAGCAGCCUGCUCAUAUGUGUACCAGUAUGUACGUUUAAAAGCAAAAUAAAGGUAUUCAUAUACAUUGUUUCAUCAUAACUUUUUUCCCCUUUUUGCUUUCUCUGAAAUUUUUCAAAUGCACUUUGACAACACAAAGGAUUAUAUUAUAGUAGUAACUAAGAAUACUUUCUUUUACUAGUGGCAUAUUCCUCAAGUAUUAAAAUAAUAAAGAGGGCUGGCUGAUUGGCUCAGUUGGUAGAGUGUGGUGCUGAAAACACCCAGGUCUACAGUCUGGAUCCCUGUACUGGCCAGCCACCAAAAUAAAAUGAAAUAAAAUAAAAAUCCCCUCAUAUAUUGUGGCCUCUUACUAUGAUGCAUUGUUAUAGUUCAUUUAAAUGGUCCUCUCUCUCACUAAAUAUCACCUUCUCAUGAGCAAGGACCAUGUCUUUACUGACAUGAGUAUCACCUUCUCAGCUACCUCAGCUGUAGCAAAGUCCCUUUCCUUAUAACAAACAUACAAAACACUAUUGAAUGAAACACCCCACAUAUAUGUACUAUAAAUUGUUUUAAUGUAAAAAAAAGAAACAUGCACACAAAAGUAGUUACAAUUUGGAAGAUAAAGGAAAGGAAAAACCUCACUCACCAAUACCAUCACCCUACAAAUACUGUAACAAAACUGCUGAGAACUUUUGUGUAAUGUGCUGUCAUUUUGGAGAGUAAAUUGUGGUUCAGAUUUUUAUUCAGUCGCCAAGAGAUGAGCUUUGAUAAAUUUUAGAUGUAUUGCACAAAUAAAAAGUUCAUAACUUCAUAAGUACCUCCAAAAACCCACCAAAUACUGUUAACAGUGGUGUGAAUUUUCUUAGUCUUUUUCUGUGUGUACAUACUUUUAUUUGUUCAUACAAUUUUACGUUAUCAUAUUGAUAUGUCUGUUGUAAGCAUUUUCCUAUAGUUACUUAGUUUUUAUUUUAUUUUUUAAUUUUUUAAGAAGAUGACCGGUAAGGGGAUCUUAACCCUUGACUUGGUGUUGUCAGCAUCACACUCUCCCGAGUGAGCCACAGGCUGGCCCCGUUACUUAGUUUUUAUAGACCAUUUUAGUGACUGAAUAAUUUCGGAGUGAUUAUAUGUCAGUUUCUAAAACUCUGUUAUAUUUGGAUGUAUCCCAAUUUGCAUUAUUUUAAAUAAGACUCCAGUGGUUAUAUUUGUGUUUAAUGACUUUUAUUUAUUUAUUUAAAAAUAUAUUUUUUGCACUUUUAAAAAACAUGUAAUAAUUGUACAUAUUUAUGAGCUACAGAGUGAUAUUUUCAUACAAUGUGUAAUUUAGAACUUGAUAUGAGCAAGUAAAAAGUGAAUUUGAAAGAAUGGACCAUUUAUACUAACCAUUGUCUAAAUUUAUCUCAUCCUUCCACCCACAUUCCUCUCCAAAAAAUAAAAUCAGGUAAUUGGCAUAUCCA